AUGUGGCGCAUCCGCGUGCUAACGGUGGUCGCCACCGUUCUCCUUGCGUGCCCUGCUAGCGCCAGCUUAUUUGCAGAUGGCGGCGCGAGUGGCAGUGAGGCUGUUGACUAUGAUUCACUUUUGAAAGCACAAAUUGAACAACAACAGAGAUUCGACGAUGAUCUCAAAGAACUCUACGAUCAAGAAAUGACAAGAGAAGAGAGCGAAAUGACCCAAAAAGCAGACUACGAUAGACGACUCGCCGAGAUUGUCGCUCAAAUGGGACAAACUAAAGAACAACUCGAAGUUGCUGAUGUUUUUGGGCCAGAAACAGAACAAGAGCCGGCACCAGUGAAGGGAGAGCAACCUGAGAAGGAGCAAAAGGAGUCCAUCAGCGAGCAAAAUUCGGUGUCCGACGAAAAGCCCGUCGAGAAGCCGCAAAAGAAGGGACAAAGCGAAUAUGUGUCGUUUGUUGAGCCGGAAGUGGUCGGAUAUCGACAAAGAGAUGUGCAAAGUUUGGAGAAAAGACGACUCGCUCAAUCGAUUCACGGGAACUCUUAUUCUCCACGUGGUGACUCAAAUCUAGCCAUGAUGGCUGUUGGUUGCGUGCUGGUUGUUGGAAUUGUUGGCGGAGCGAUUGGAGGAAUCGCUUAUCGGCGAAGAAAGGAAAGCCCUGAUGACAGUGAGUAUGCUCCAUAUGCUGGAAUUGGACCUUUCAGAAAAGGGAAGAAAGACACAAAGGGCGAUGACGCUCUCGCCUACAAGGCUCAACUCCAUCAUUACCACCAGGCCAAGCAAAAGAUUAUUUGCGGAGAUGAUGCUCCAGAAGUUGGAUUAGAGUCUGAUGAGGAGGAGUGCCCAGAUGAUGAGAAUAACUACUCAGUGUAUGAGUGUCCCGGAUUGGCUCCAACUGGAGACAUUGAGGUUCACAAUCCCAACUUCGCCGCUCAACAC